AUGCCCAAGGCCACUACUCCCACUGCCGCGCGGCACCCGCGACGACACAACCCUCUCGAGGAUGAUAUCACAGCUAGUGGAAUCCUGAAGAACAAGCCCUCUAAGAAGCGAUCAAAGGGUAGCGAUAAUGAGGAGGAGAACUUUGUCGACGAUCGCGCCUCUCGAACCAUUCUGCGCAUAGGUCGUGAGCUGGCCGAGGAGGAUAACGCUGGCAAGCCUGCCGCUGCUAAGCCUACUAUCGACAACUUUGGUUACGAUUCGCGAUUUGGCGACGAGGAGGAAGAGAACAAGGUCUACGAUGACGACGAGGCUUGGGGCGAGGAUGAUGAGGAGGUCGAGGAGGUCGAGGUUGACCCCAAUGAUCUUGACAUGUACCGAAAGUUCAUGCCCGACGAGGAGGACGACCUGUUGAAGCACGGUUGGGAUCUCAAGCCCACUGGAGAGGAGCAGGGCGAGAGUGUCAACCUUGCGGACCUGAUUUUGGAGAAGAUCGCUGCGCACGAGGCCGCACAGGAGAGACGGGAAAACAACUUGGGACCUCCCGACGAGGACGAAUACGAGCUUCCUCCCAAGGUUAUCGAGGUCUACACCAAGGUCGGCCAAAUUCUUUCCCGAUACAAGUCCGGACCUCUGCCAAAGCCCUUCAAGGUGCUCCCAACAAUUCCUCAUUGGGAAGACAUCCUUGCCAUCACCCAACCUGAGAGCUGGUCGCCUAACGCCUGCUACCAAGCGACAAGAAUCUUUGUUUCAAGCAAGCCUCACAUCGUUCAGCGAUUCCUGGAAAUGGUUAUCCUCGACCGUGUCCGUGAGGAUAUUUACGAGACCAAGAAGCUCAACGUUCACUUGUUCAACUCGCUCAAGAAGGGUCUUUACAAGCCUGCUGCUUUCUUCAAGGGUUUCCUGUUCCCCCUUGUUGGCAGUGGAACUUGCACACUCCGAGAAGCACAUAUCAUCUCCGCCGUCCUGGUCCGAAUCUCUAUCCCUGUCCUUCACUCUGCCGCCGCUUUGAAGGGUCUGUGUGAUAUCGCUGCCCAGGAGGCGUCACACGGCACUGAGGGUGGAGGUGCCACCAACAUCUUCAUCAAGGCUCUUCUCGAGAAGAAGUAUGCUCUUCCUUUCCAGGUCAUUGACGCCCUUGUCUUCCACUUCCUGCGCUUCCGCAGCGUCGACCCUGCCUCAGUCCAGGCUGGUGAAACUAUGUCGGGUGUUGAGGGAGAUGCCAAGACCAAGUUGCCCGUCAUCUGGCACCAGAGUCUGCUUGCAUUCGCCCAGCGUUACAAGGGAGAUGUGACAGAGGACCAGCGUGAGGCUCUGCUUGAUCUUCUCCUGACACACGGUCACUCGGCAAUUGGACCUGAGGUGAGGAGAGAGUUGUUGGCUGGACGAGGUCGCGGAGUGCCAAUUGAGCCCACAGGCCCGGCGUUUGAUGGUGAUGAUACCAUGCUCAUCGACUGA